AUGGUACGCCAAUCCUUCAUGGUGAGUUCCGGGGCUCAAAACCCCAGGAACCCUCUUAUAAAAGACGCAUUCCCAAUUCUCCGAAUCUCAGAGAUUUCAGACACAUUCUGGGCCAUGGGCUACCCAGUCCCGCGGGAACAACUCGAAAAACCAACUCCGGAGUUUAUCGGGCGCUUCCUCGAGUUCUGGAUCGAAGAACUCCUCAGUUUUAGUCCCACAGAUGAAGAUCAGGUAAUUGACACGCUUCUGAAGCAGCCAUUGCUCCAGCCACGUGAAUCAGUCCUUGCCGGUGACCAAAACAUUGACUCUGAUCGGCCAGAAAUGCUCCUGGACAUGCUUCCGGCAGUCCGGCUGAUGGUCCAGUUCAAAGCAGCAAAACACAUGAUGUCCAAGCUUUCGAUGGGCGACUUUACUCUUCUUGACUUGUUGCGACCCGAGCUGGCCCGCGUAGUACGUAUUCUGAGCGCGAUUAUCAACUUUGUGCGCUUUCGUGAUGAACAAGUUGACAGAUGGAAGGAUUCAAUCCAGGAAAUCUCACUAGCGCAACAGAAGGUGAACAACAUGGAUGUACGUCUCACAUCUAUAACAAAUGAAAUCCUGCGGUUACGAUCAUUGCUUGAAGUAGACCCUGAAAGCGACAAUACAGCUGAGAGCGGGACUGGAAGCGAGAACCCCAGAUGGGAAAGGGCCAAUCACCUAAAUGAUGGUCUACGCGCGGAAGUAAAGCGUCUUCUGGAUCUUUCAAAUGUUUGGCUUGAGAAAUGCAAAUCUUCCAAAGCUGCUGUCACCCAGAAGUACCACAAAAUUGUCGGGUUGGAGAAACUGCUCAUAGAUUUGGAGGAUGAACGCAAGCGCCUUGAAACCUACUCGAAAAUGGAUCCAGCAGAUCUUGGAAAAAUAAUAGAAGAGCUUCGUAGCUCACUCCGUACUGAGGAAGAAUCUCUCAAGUCUCUUGAGGCCGCGGACAAAAACAUGACUAAAACAGCACAUACGAUACAACUACUACAGGAAGACGUUCUGAAGCUCAUAAAACUAGCAAAUAGCACAGUUGAAGGGUCGAGGACCCUAGAAGAGAGUAGAGAGCAAGUCUCUCGCUCAAAAGAGGAACUUAACAACUACAAACACAGACUCGAAAGAAUUUACGUUCAACAACAAGGCUUAGAGAGAAAAGUUGAGCUUUCGGAAGAACGUCUACAAAAGCUUCAAGAGAGUGCUCGAAAACAGGAGGAUGAGGCCCAAAAGAGACAGGCCGACUUAUAUUCAGAGUACGAACAACUAGCCUCGAAACGUGAACAGAAUCAAGCUGAUCUAGAUGCCAUCAAAAUUGACAAUGACGAGAUCACAGCUCAAACAGACCUACUCAAGGAUCAAUAUCACCAUGAAUACAACGAGGCUCAAGAUGAGCUUGCUCGCCUCAACACAUUGAUACGCGACUACAUAAGCGAAAUCAAGGCAUUCAUGGCUUAA